AUCGAAGAGCUCUUGGCAGCUGGGGCUGAUGUUAAUGCAGAAGGCUGGAAAAAGCAGACCCCUCUUGCUUGGGCAACAAUCAAAGGUAACAAGGCUACAACUGAGCUUUUACUGUCAGUGGACAACCUUAACGACAACAUUCCUGAUACAGACGGCCGAACUCCACUGUCACAUGCAGUGGAACUUGGUCUUGCUAGGAUUGUACAACUUCUCCUUGAUUCAAAUGCGGACAUCAAUCUAGAAGACAAAUGUGGACGAACUCCACUGUUAUGGGCAACACAAGAAGGACAUCAGACUCUACUUCUCCUUACCUCACGUGCGGACAUUAAUCUUGAAGACAAACUCAGGCACACUCCACUGUUGUGGGCAACACGGAAAGGACAUGAAACUAUAGUAUCCAAGCUUUUGGCAUCAGCAGGCGUUGAUGUGGAUCGUCCUGAUAGUGAAGGCCGAGCUGCUUUGUCUUACGCAGCAGAUCUUGGGUAUGCCAGCAUCGUGCAGGCCCUUAUCAACGCAAACGCCCACGUCAAUUCUGAAGAUAAUAAGAGAAGAACACCACUGGUAUGGGCCACUGUGACGCAUCAAGCCAAUGUAGUACAAAUCCUA